AGGCCUUGCUGGACUUCCUAAAGCCUAAAGGUGUGACUGAGAGCUUACAUAAAGUGACACCCUCAUCUAGCUUGCUUUCAUUUGAAAGGUUUUGUGCUGGUCUGAAAAUUUGUCUGCUUAGGUAUCAACAUUUCUAAAGUCUUCUACAAUUCUAAAGCGUAUUAUCAAAGCCUGGCAGACGUCAAAACACCGAGUUGCGGCCCUUCGCCGCUAGGAACGCUGGAAAUAGGGUGCCGUGUACGCGCUCACCCCCGCCUGAGCUCGCUCACUGCAACCCGUGUGCUGUGUGUGUUUUUUUUUGUUGUUCCGCUAUUAACUUCUGCUUUUUUGAGGUUAGACCAUGUCCGCUUCAAAAUUUUGUUGUUUCGAUGAUUAUAAAAAAUGGGUCAUUACAAAUCCUGAAAGGCUGUCACAAUUGGAAACAACUGGACGCUUCAUUUCGUAUCUAAUAGCAGGUCGAAUAAAGACAUCACCAGCAUUUUCAGAGUUGCUCUACUCGGCUUCGAAUAUAAUCAUAUUUUUGAAUGACCAAAUUCUACUAAGUGCAACACGACAGAAAGAAAUAGGAAGAUUGAUUAAAACAAACUUGGAAAAAUUUAGAGUAUUGUUUACAAUAUUGGAAUAUCUUCAAGUUUUUUUGGAGAUCACAGCAACAAAAAUUUGGGGUUCACAUGGAAAAUGGACUGCCAUAACUAUUAUUCAGUCAAUCAAAUGUUUAUGGCGAAUUGUUUUGUUGUCCCAGAAAAGUGGAUUGGCAACAUCUCGCUCAAUUCCACCUCUCAACAGGAAAAAACUUAAACAAAACAACUUGUCUGAUUGGAAAACUGGUUCAGAUGAAAGACACAACAGUCUUACGUUCUCUCUAAAGUCUGGACGAGUAAUUCGGCAAGUGAACGGGGCACCUCAUAUUAAUAAGCGGAAUUGGAAGCUCCCCGUUUCCCAUUCAUUUGAAAUCAAUGAUUCAUCAAAAACCAAACUUGAAGGAUAUUCUUUAUUGGGAGAAGUACUCUACACGUUAAAACCUCUUUGCCAUCUGGCUGCAAUGAGCCGGUUUGGAACAAAGUCAUGGAUUCCUACAUCUUUAGCAUUCGUUACCGAUAUCGUUAGUAUAACGCUCGUAAAAUCCAGCCAGUUAAGUAGCAGUGAUGCAAAAGAAAUUCAACGACGCCAGCUAACUUUACUUAUGUACCUUCUUCGUUCGCCAAUCUACGACCGAUUUAGCCGAAAUGUGAUUUUACAGAUUUUGACUUCUCUAAGAAAAAUACCAUUAAUCGGAGUUUUGCCCCAUCAAAUUCUUCAGUACAUGUUGUUCUGGCAAAAUGUAUACUUUUACACUUGGGAUUAAUUUAAAUGACUCGGAAGAGAUCAUCGUGAACAAGUUUAGCUCUAUAUGCCUAUAAAUUGAAUGCAUUGUGAUUCAAAAUUUGUGUGGGAUACUUGUGGGAAUAAUUCUAAAAUACAAUUUCGUUAAUGUAUA